UCCUCCGUGAUGCGAGGCGACUUUGGCGUUCAGAUCAAUUGCAUCCACCGCCGGCAGGUGACUUGCUUUAGAAUGAAUUUCCUAAUCCAAGCAUUUCGCCCUCUCAUUAACUCCCAUUGCCAAUUCUUCGGCACCCCAGGAGCUUUGACCUACGGACAACUGCCGGUGUGGUAGAUGUAGCUGGAGCAAGGUGUUAACGCCAGUGAGGCGGUUAUUCCUCGUUAACUGUUGAAUGAAACCGAGCAGACUGCCCCUGCAACCAGACCACCAGACACGGUUCCCGGGCAGCAGGCGGGCGCUACAACUUUUUUUCAGCACAGGUUCCUUGGGCCGUGCGGUCGGUCCCUCCCCAAGAUUGGAGCAGACUGCAGCAGAAUGGAGGAGGCGGUGGCCGAGACCGACACCAACUCCAAACAGGAAUCCCACUCCAUCCAGACUCGCCUCCGGAGACACUUCAUGAAGACCAGACCCUUUCUCGGCGGCUCCAGAAUCACGUCCGACCCGAAGGAUGACAGCAAGAGAGAAACGGCGGGGAAAGUGACUUGGAAGAGCAAGAGGCAGGUGCUGGACCGCGUCUUUUCGUCCUCGCAACCCAACCUGUGCUGUUCGGGUCCGAAUGGCAACUCCGCUUCGCGGGAGCAGAAGGUUUCCCGAGCCGGAGGGAAGCUGGUCUCUGAGUCCAAACAGGUGACGCCAGUGAGGCAGAGAGCUAUUUUAGCCACCGUCUGGUCGGCUGUGACACACCAGAAGCGACCGGCCCUUGGCUCAAACCUAUGCCCGAACCCCCCCGAGCCCGCCCGGGACCAGGAGGCGUGUAGUCAGGCCGGAGCUGCGGAGGAUGGACAUACGACCAGUCAUCUUAGACCUUCAUUAGAUGUAGGAGAUUUCACAAUGCACAGCUGUGGAGAGUCUCUUGGGAACCAAGUACUUAGAUCAAGUAACAUAGAUCACCUCUCGGCAAGCACAGGAAUGUACCAGCUGAACGUUCUACUGAAGAGUGGCCAUAACCUGGCAGUACGAGAUCGGGGAGGAACAAGUGAUCCAUAUGUGAAGUUUAAAAUUGCAGGGAAAGAAGUCUUUAGAAGUAAAAUAAUCCAUAAGAACCUCAAUCCAGUUUGGGAUGAAGAUAUUUCUCUCCUUAUGGAAAAUAUUACAGAACCUUUGUACAUUAAGGUGUUUGAUUAUGACUUUGGGUUACAUGAUGACUUUAUGGGUUCAGCCUAUCUGGAUCUAACCAAAUUGGAAUUAAAGAGACCAACUGAAGUAACGCUAAAUCUGAAAGACCCAAACUGCCCUGUUCAGACUCUAGGGAGUCUGUUAAUGACAGUUACUUUGGUGUGCAGAGAAGGUGAUCCAAGAGAUGCUAAAAUGAUUUUGAGAAGGAAUUGGACACCUUCCUGCAAGGUGCAGAAUGCACGUCUUCUGGAGGCACACAAAAAGGACCAGCUCUGGAAAGGGGUUGUCAGUGUCACUCUAAUUGAGGGAAGAGACUUAAAGCCGAUGGAUCCAAAUGGGCUCAGUGACCCCUAUGUGAAGUUCAAAAUGGGCUGCCAGAAAUACAAGAGUAAGGUUAUUUUAAAAACUCUGAAUCCUCAAUGGAGAGAACAAUUUGAUUUCCUUCUUGCAAAUGAAAAGGGUGACAUCAUAGACAUCACAGUGUGGGACAAAGACUCUCUGAAGAAGGAUGACUUCAUCGGCAGAUGUCAAAUUGACUUACCAGGCCUAAGUAAGGAACAUACACACAAACUGGACCUUGCCCUCUCAGAAGGAAAAGGUCACAUAGUUCUACUGGUUACUCUGACAGCAACUGCUCCUGUCAAUGAUUCUGAUCUCAUCACAUUGGACAACAACGAAGAAUGGAGUAAAAUAAUGGCAAGAUAUUCAUGGUUUAGAUCCUUUCACAAUCUAAGAGACAUAGGAUUCAUCCAGGUAAAGGUGGUCAAGGCAGAAGGCUUAAUGGUGGCUGAUGUCACAGGGAGCAGUGACCCAUUUUGUGUGAUUGAACUGAACAACGAUAGACUACAGACACAUACUGUCCAUAGGAGUCUCAACCCUGUAUGGAACAAAGUCUUCACAUUCAACAUUAAAGAUAUCCAUUCAGUUCUGGAAGUGUCAGUUUACGAUGAAGACCGGGAUCGGCGAGCUGACUUCCUUGGCAAAGUUGCCAUACCUUUGCUAACAAUUCAAAAUGGUGAAGAGAAAGCCUACGUCUUGAAAAACAAGAAUCUGACAGGGGCAACAAAGGGGGUCAUCUAUCUUCAAAUGGAUGUGAUUUUUAAUGUUGUAAGAGCAAGCAUCAGAACGAUCACUCCCAAAGAAGAGAAGUAUGUUGAAGAGGAGCAGAAAAUCUCCAAAGAGCUCCUCCAGCAAAACUACUACCGUGUGAGGCGCUGCAUCAUGGUGCUUGUUAAUACUGGUCGCUUCAUUAACAGUUGCUUUGAAUGGGAGUCAACGCAGAGGAGUCUCACAGCCUUCUUGGUCUAUCUUGUUGUAGUUUGGAACUUUGAACUCUUUAUGAUCCCACUGAUGCUACUUAUUUUGCUGAUCUACAACUAUUGGUUAAUUAGAUCAGGAAAGGACAACAGUUUACGCUCAAUGCAAGAGUUAGAAGAAAGCUUGAUAGCAUAUGAGGAGGAUGAAGAGGACAGAGUUGACAAGGAAGCUGAAAGGAAAACCUUGAUGGAUAAGUUGUUCGCCAUCCAAGAAGUGUGUAUAGCUGUGCAAAAUGGCCUGGAUGAGGCUGCCUGCCUUUAUGAAAGGGUAAAAAAUACCUUCAACUGGACAGUCCCAUUCCUGAGUUGGUUGGCUGUUUUUAUCCUUACUGUUGGCACAAUAGUCCUUUGUUUCGUUCCUCUGAGAUACAUUCUUCUUGUCUGGGGUAUCCACAAAUUCACAAAGAAACUUCGCAAUCCGUAUCUCAUUGAUAACAAUGAACUGCUUGACUUUCUCUCCAGAGUACAUUCCGAUGUACAAGUGGUGCACUUCCAUGAGUUGACCCAAGAAUCCAGUCAUGGCCUGUUGAUUUUUAAGAAGAAAAACAAUUCCGGCUAGCCAAGGCUCCUUAACCACAGAGCUAUGCAUCUGCUUUCUGAAAACUAGAAGGGGAUCAGCUGCUGGAGCUCCCCUACCUUCACUCACCUAUUUUGAUUUUUAUAAUGAAAUAUAGCAUCUGUAAAUGUUGUACAAUAUUGAACUGUAUUUGAAAAUACUUAUUAUUGUAUAAAUCACUUACAUUAAAUCUUUUGAAAUUAUGUUUUCAUUGUAUUAAAGCUUCGCAGAAUGUGCCUAAUGCCUGGAUCUUUAUAAUAGUAUAUAUUAAAAAAAAAGGUGGCAAAUAUUUACGAACUGUCCAGUGGCAAGUGUCCAGUCAUUUAAAAAUAUUACAAGUUUUGACUGUUUACAAGAAAAAUGUUGAAAACAAUUCCAAUAAUAAACACAUAAAAUAAAAUGA